AUGAUUCUCUUUCCUUCGCUCCGCUUUUUUCAGACCACUCCCUCUCGACCUCUUAACCAAUGUCUGAAUACUCUUUCAACGGACGACGCCUCCGGCGGCCUCUUCCCGCCUCGACCGUCUUUCACGGCGGCUCUACGACAGGUGCCGUUCCCCGUGGCCUCCCUGCGUACGGUCCUUGGGUCGAGCCCGGCCUUCCUCGUACUCAGGCUUUCGCGCCCCCUCGGGACGAGUCGUUACCCCCAGAGCGUGUCUUUCACGCCCCUCCUCAUACAGGACUUCUGCACCCCGCAUUCUGCCAAGGCUUUGCCCCCAGCCAACUCCUAUGGCGCCGCUCCCUUUCCAUAUCAAACAGAUCCCAGCAACUCAGCACACUACCCCUCUGGUCCUCCUGCUGCCCCCGUGCGACGAUAUGAAGAAACUACUGCAUACCAUAGUCAGCCAGACGCGAACUAUGCCUGGGAGGAGUUCAUCAUCCUGCGGCGCAGUGUCCUCAAGCUUCAGGACAAGGUCGCGCAAUUGGAAGAGCUAGUAACUGAAUUGAAACAGUUUCAGUUUAACAUGCCGUCACGCCUACAUCCGUCUACUUCAUCCCUGGGUCCCAGCGACUCUAUUUCGCGAUUGGGUACCACUUCGGGGAUUGACGUAGAUGACGAGGGCGAAGACUUACGGGCCGCUUACAGUGUCUACCUGUCCCAGGGCGACCUUGUUGAGAAACCCCCAAGCCUGCCGGACACCGUGCUCUGGACAUUCAAAUCUGCCCAAGAAGCGGGGUCGGCAGCUGGUCUCAGCGCCACUAACUCCUACCGCCCGUCGUUCAACAAAGCCCUUAGGGACUCCAAAGGCCAGACAUUGGAUGCAGACUUAGUCAAGCUUAUCAAGAGGACUGCCGCCGCUUUGGCCAGUCGAAUUCUUGCACGCCACCCGAUAGACAAGGUUGCAGUCGACAUUAGGCAUAUCCGGGAGUAUUACCGAAGCAGGUGCCCGUGGCUCUGGUAUGGCUCCAUCGUGUUGCUUGAGCAGCGGCACAAGGAAGUAGGUCUCUGUUCCGCUCACUGGAAGGCAGACCAUCUGCUUGGACAGUCUGUCCUAGGUCUCAGGCAGAAGGCGGCCAAUGCAAUGAAAAAGCAGUCCACUGGCGAGCUCGCUAGCAUCCUCGGUAGCGACGACGAACAAACUCUUGACGUCGUUUUCAUCUUGCCCAAGAAAGCCAAACGGCCCGCAAACCCUCUCUCGCCAUUGAAAUCAGGCCCCUCAAAGCGAGGUCGAACCGAAGCCUCCAAGCAGAGGCCCCCCAAGUUGAUGUUCAAACAGCCCGCCAGGCCAUUGCACAUGGGUACCGUCACCACCGCACCAGCAAUGCAAGGCAGCCCACCCGCCUCUCCCUCUCGCGCCGCCUCGCCCGCCUCGACUGAGAAUCAAAGUUCGAUGGGCAUGUUAGGCACGAAUACGGCAACGUUGCCACCAUCGUCUCUAGUUGACAGCCCUCUCUCCUCCCAUGUGUCCUCUGCCAAGGGCUCCCUGUCCAUGAUAUCAACGGAUGAUGGCUUUGAAAAUCUUCGUCGAACCCUCCAAAGCCCUCAAUUCAAAUUUCCUGCCGAUGUAAUUGAUCCUGCAAUGGAACUUUUGGCCGGAAUGGAACAAUCACCCACGCACGGCGGCCAUGGCUUUCUGUCGAGUAACACGAUCGCCCUCUUGAAGCGGGUCCAGACUGCAGAUCCCGCCUGUAUCGAGAACGAAGAUGAUUUACUAGCAUCCUGGGGACACUGGCAGUGGUCGGGUGGAGAUCUCACCAUCAGCGGCGCCAUCACUUCAUGGCAGGAUGUCGGCAGUACAGAGACGGCCCGCGAGCUCAUUGCCGCUGCGCUAACAACCUGCAAAGCUGCCCGUUAUCUAUGUUUGAGCGUCAGUCCAAGACCUCAGAGCUAUCUCAGUGAUAGCUACUUGGACCGGAUAAUAUCGACGCUCUACGAUGUUUGGAAGCGAUCGGGAGGGGUAAUACUAUUGUUCAUUCAAUUUUACCCAGCAGAACUAACUUCCUUCUGGCCCUUCCACAAAGGCAAGGCUCGGGCGGCCAUCGUAGACCCCGCACAACCCAUGGCCGUCGAGCCUGCGCAACCUACUGCCACAGGUACUGGUAAUGAUGGCUCUGGUGAUGGGAUGGGGCCCUUGGCAGAAGAUGACGACACCCAGCUCGCGGACGGUGCUUCGAAGCAAUUGCAGGCCGACGUUGAUAGUUUACUUCAAAGUAAACUAAUGGCGCUUACUGUCAAUGAGCUCAAGACUUUGGUUGCGAAGAAACAGAUCCCCAACAUCAGCAAGCUGAACAAGGCAACAUGUGUAUCCUCCCUUGUGGCGCUCCAGCAAUCUGCUCGUCCAACAAUCACCGAUCUUGACGAAAUUCUUGCAAAGCGUGGUCCCAAGAAGUCCAAGUCCAAAUCCGCCAAAUCCGCUGCCAAUCAGCCUGCCGCCGCCCCGCCGAGUUCUUCUGCCGAUGUGUCGCAAGACCUCACGCAAGUACCCCGUAUCAUCGCUAGCACCGCCAGCUUGGGCUCUUAA